AUGACAACCCCAUUGAACCUCCGUCUGUGUCAAGAAGACCCACCGUACUUUCGUAAAGAACUAGCUGCGUGCGAAGAGUCUAUAUCCGGUCUUGAAAGUACGAUUAGGAACUUGGUGAGAUUGGCUAAAGCUAGUGUGGAGCUUGCUACUGAAUAUACAAGUAAACAGUUGCAGUUUGCUGAUGAAUUCAAGAAUUUUGCUAAGCAACAACCAGAUUCUUCAUUAAAAUCAGUGCUGAUUAAAUACUCCCAAUCACUUCAAGAAGUUGAAAGGAGUCGAAAGAUUCUUCAUUCACAUAUGAGUGACAUGUUCAUUAGUCCACUCGAGUCGUUUGUCAAGAAUGAGAUCCAACCUCUCAAGGAAGUUAGGAAGAACUUUGAGAAGUCGAGCCAUGAGGCCGACGGUGCACUUGCGAGGUAUAUGAGUAAGAAAGCCAAGGAUCAACAAAUUGCGGAGGCAUCGACGGAAGUCACCGACACUAGACGUGAAUUUCAUCGUCGAUACCUUGAAUACGUCAUAAAGAUCAAUCAGCUGGAACAGAAAAAGAAAUUUGAGUUUACGGAAUAUAUACUGGCAUUAAUGUUCACUGAAUCGGCAUUCUAUCACCAAAAUUACGAAACUAUGAAAGAUCUAGAACCACAUAUGAGGGAUGUAACGAAGACGCUUCAUGAGGCGCGAACACAAUAUGAUAAAGACGUACAACUGUCGCAAGAACUCAAAAAGAGUCUUCUCGAGACGGCGCACGAAACCUAUAAUCCAAUGCGUCCUGCUAAAGAAAUGUCAUCUCCAACGUUUAAAGAAAAUUCAACGUCAGUAACAAAGUCAGGAUAUCUGUUCAAGAAGGGAUCCCAGAGAGUCAUGGCAUCAUGGGUUCGUGUAUACACAACCGUCGAUGGAGAAGCGCUUACCUUUGUUGGCCGAGGUGGGGGGAAGGGUUCGAAAGAUGACGAAGAAACAAGUUCUGUUAAUCUGAGGAUUUGUCAUAUUAAACCCGUCAAUAAUUCCGAGAGAAGAUUUUGUUUCGAAAUAAUAUCACCUAGGAAGUCAUAUCUUCUCCAAGCAGAAAAUGAGGAAGAAAUGGAAGAUUGGAUAAGGUGCUUAAAGACGGCUGCCCAAGAAGCCUUUUCUGGUCAGCUGCCGUCUCCUGUGGAAAGUGAUGCUGGUCGGUUGAAUGGAGGCUCCGUCAACGGGUCAACACCUACUAGUGGUGAUGACACUAACGGCAAUGGAUAUUCGAGUAAUCGGAGAUCGAUUCAAAGAAUUAAAGAAUUGCGUGGGAAUGACUUGUGUGUGGAUUGUAAAGCUCCAGAUCCUCAAUGGGCCUGUGCAAAUUUCGGCACACUACUCUGCAUUGAGUGCUCAGGCAUACACCGUAGUCUUGGAGUACACGUUAGCAAAGUGCGUUCCCUGUCCCUUGACAAAUGGGAACCAGAAGCAAUCGAAGUAAUGUUAAGACUCGGCAACACAAUGACAAACAGGAUAUUCGAAGCCAAUAUCACUAGUGCCAGCGGAGUGCCUAUAGCUAAUCCUGCUUCAGAUAGGUCAGAGAAGGAGAAGUUUAUUAUUGCAAAGUACGUAAAGAAAGAAUUCUUGGCGCCCAAGGAUAAUAAUCAAACAGAAUCUAUAGACUUGGCCUUUUGGAAAUCAAUGUCCAACUCUGAUCUUUACUAUGCCCUCCGUUAUCUUGCCCUUGGUGCAAAUGUCGAUUGGAAAAAUCACGAGCGCAACUCCACCACUGCCCUACACCAAGCUAUACUUUGCAAUGAUGAUGUGGCAGUAGAAUUUUUACUACAGUGGUUUUGUGAUAUUGACGCAGUCGACUAUGACGGAUGGAGUGGUUUGCAUCAUGCCGCGGCGACAAAUAAUGCGCGAUUGUUAUUGACAUUAAUGAAGAGACAUGCUAAUGUAGCAUUGAAAGAUAAGAACGGGAAGAUUCCUUUGGACAUAGCAGUAGAACUUCAACACGUGCAAGCGGUAACGGCAUUACGACUUUAUCAAUUUGAAUCCCAAUUGACCAGAUCUGAAUUCUCUUCCUUUGGUGUUGAUGAAGCAUUAACAUCUGUCAGCAAACCCUACCCCACCGUCCGCAGUUCGCCUUCAUCAUUGGAGACAGUUUCGAGCACAACAGGGGUACAAAAACCAUUCCCAGUCACACCUGAGAGUGAUGAUCGACCUGAUGAUGCGAAAGGAUUGGAGAAAGAAUUGGAGAAAGAAUUGGAGAAAGAAUUGGAGAAAGAAGGCGGCGAGGACGAAUUGCAAAAUGUGUUUGAAAGAGCCUUGGAGGAGAAUAACGGAGAAAAUUUGAGCGUCCGAGGUUUGACAUUGCGUGGAUUGGUCAAUGACGGUUGGGGAGUUGAAAUUGGUGAUGAUAAUGAGAGUACUAAUGCGUAA